UUAUUAGUACAUCUCGAUCGCGAUUAAAUAGUCGUCGCAGUCGCAAGCCCCGCGCAACUGAGCACCCGUUAGUAGCGUUACGAGUACCCGUAAUAAACGCUCACGUUCGCUGUACCGACUCGACGUCGAACCGAUCCGAUAUCGAUACAAUACCGAAAUCCAUUGUGGACAUCGAACGGGAAAAGUGAAUUUUUUAUCGGUGCUCUAAACAGCGGACCGUAUUUUUUCUGCAGCCGGCGCCACCACAGCACACGUAACCAUGUCCUCUACAGCGGGACAGUCCACGUCGUCCGGCGGCUCGUCCACCAACAGUGUUCUGGAGAAGUUGGGCCUGUUGCUCGUAGCCCUUGUCGUACUCCGCCUCACCAGGGCCACCAUGCGGUUUGCUUACCGGCACGUGUUCGGCCCGUCGGCCCUGUGCCGGGGCACCGUCGACUUCGUCAAGUGUGGCAAGUGGGCCGUUGUGACAGGCGCCACGGACGGGCUGGGCAAGGCAUACGCCCGUCAACUGGCCGGCCGCGGCAUGGACGUCGUGCUGGUCAGCCGGACGCAGGCCAAACUGGAGGCGACCGCCGAAGAGAUCCGUGCUGAGCACCCGAGCCGCCGCAUCAAGUGCGUCCGAGCUGACUUCACCGACCCGGACACGGCCACGGUGUACAGCCACAUUGGUCGGGAGCUGCACGGGCUCGAGGUGGGCGUGUUGGUCAACAAUGUUGGCCUGUCGUACCCGCACCCCGAGUACUUCUUGAGGGCCGUCGAAGACCGGUCCGGCGACGCUGACGGUGGAAAGGCCGCCUCGUCUGCCGGAUGGGGACCGCAAAUGUUGGACGACAUGAUCCGGUGCAACAUCACGUCCAUGGUCAACAUGUGUCGGCUGGUGAUGCCUGGCAUGGUCGACCGGAAACGCGGGUGCGUCAUCAACAUCGGAAGCACCGCGUCCCGGAUUCCGUGCCCUCUGUUGACUAUGUACGGGGCCACCAAGAAAUUCGUUGAGAAAUUUAGUCGUGAACUGAACACCGAAUACGGUGGCAGAGGCAAGCACGGCACAAAUAUCACUGUGCAGUGCGUGAUGCCUGGAUUCGUGGCCACCAAGAUGAGCAAGAUCGCGCGUACCUCUUUAUUGGUUCCGUCGCCAGACACUUUCGUCCGAUCGGCACUUCAGACCACCGGACUAGAACCGGUCACCACUGGUUACCUGCCACACUCACUGAUGGUGAAAGGGAUCGAACUCGCUGAGAGCAUAUCCGAGUCGAUGAUGGCCCGGACAGUGAUGAACAACAUGCUGGGCCUCCGGUCCAAGGCCUUGCGCAGGCAAGCCAGAGAACAACAACAGCGAGAGGAAGCGCAGGCCGCCGCCGCCACUGACGAAUAAAUCGAACGGUUUGAAUUUAUAAUAAUACCACCAGCCAUCGUCCGUAUCGAACCACCGCCACUUAUAAUAUUUGUCAAGAGCGUCACCGUCUCGGAUACGAUGCCGCGCACCACCACAUUACGGUUGUAUCGACCCUAGUGUGUAAUUCGAUGUUUAAGUCUUAGGUUUAAUCUAGUUCAUAGUUGUAGACGAUAUUAAUAUUACGUCAUGGUUUAUUUUGGGCAAAUCGCUAGUAAGUAGGUGGUGAAAUAAAUAUCACCUUAAGGAUCGCUAAGGAAGAACCAAUUAUUGAUAGUCGGAGAUAAUAUAGAGAUCAUUAUACAGAUAAUCGUAUUAAGUUUUCCGAUCGGAUUAAUAUCUAAUAUUAUAAUUAACGAAAAUGUUGAUGUUAACACAAAUGCCUUAGGAAUAACUAUUAGGUUAUAGAUUAUUGAUAAUUAACUAUAUUUAAGUUUUCGACGUCAAACGGACGAGAUGAAUUCAACCACAAUUAAUUAUUUUUAAGUAAACCAGUCUUAAUGGUAGUUGUGUUUCAGAUCAUUAUUAUAUUAUAAUUAAGUUAAAUUCUAUAAAUUCUAUUCUACCUCUCCACAUCCCCUCCCUUGUCACCACCAGUUAUUGUUACUUAUUUUUUUUUUUUAAUAAAAUAUUAUAUUUCUCUUAAGUUGUCUUAUUUAAGUUUUAGCCAAUCCCUGGGAAUAGUGGUCACGGUAGUUUAGACCUUGCGGAUUUCUUAACGACACUUUCCGAGACGUCCCCAUUCCUGAGCUCUUCUUCAGUUUUAAUUGUUAUUUGUUUGUUAAUUUGUCAAUGCCUACGGGCAAUGACUAAGUAUAAAACUAAUUAUACGUGAAUUCUAGUUAUUUAGGCUAAUUUUUAAUUUUAUUCAAAACGUUCGUUCAAACUAAUUUUGUAGCUGUGAUCUGUACACAAAAUAACCUUGAUAUUUAUUUUGUGCUGUUUGUUUUUGAUCCUUUAAUCUGUGUUAAGUUUGUAUAUUUUCUGAUGGUUUUCACUCUAACUGCAUAAGCUUUAGCAAUAAAGCUCAGUUAAGGUUAGUUUUAAUAAAACAAUUUUUGUCCUGUAUGUUAACGCAACAAAGUACUGCUAUGUGGUACUCGUUGACUAAUUUUAUCCAUAGUAUUUGAUAAGUCUAAUAUAGGUUAGGAUUAGUUUUGAUUUUUGUUUCAGUUUUUAUUAAUUUUUUCCUUAUUACCUGUUUAAAACUCGCCAACACUAUUAUACUGCCCACGCAGUGGUGUUAGCUAGUCUUAGCUAUGAUGUGGAUAAUAUUCUACUUAAAUUUAGUCAUGCCAUAAGAGUGUUUCAUGUUUCAGACAUGCCUCUGUAUGGUAUACGUUCUAUAUACAUUUGGUGUUUAUUAUUAAGUUAGGUGUAACGUUAGGCUAAGUACGUUUAGAUCAUAUUAUAUUUUUUAUAUUUACAAUUUAAAGUUUUUUAUUAUGUUUUUGUUAUGUUCUGUUUUGUAUUAUUUUCUUUAAAACUAUGUGCUAUCCCCAGCCAUAAAUGCUAGAAUAAAUAAACUGCAAACAAUAAAUUAUAUUCGUACGUACACGGGAAAUCUUAGCGAAAUUCGAGCGUUCUUUUGCAAUUGGGUUAUAAUUUAGUAUAGUUCAUAAAUAUUUGAUAAGAUUUUAUGUUAAUCGUAGAUGAUGCAUUAAUGAAUGAAAUGUAAAAGGUUACUACUGCUACUACAAUGCACUGUGAAUGUAUUGUACUAGAAACUAGUAGUGCCUUUAACUGUAGAUAUAGUUAUUUUAAUAGUAAUAUUAUAUCAUUAAGCUUGAUAGUAUAAUUUGAAAUUUAAUUUAUGUGUGAGCUAAAAGAUGCUAAUUUCUAUUUGUUAGUUAAACCUAUAUUAUUAUACAUGAUUAUUUAUUAUAUAACUUAAAAAUUAUUCUAUAUUAUCGUCAUUGUACUGUAUUAUCAUUAUAUAACACGGCGGAUAUGGUACAAUAAUAAAAAAUGUAACUUUAUCACUGUACAAUUGUACAUGUUUUCAAUAUUCAAUUUUAUAAUUAUAUCACGACUUUAGUAGUUAAUUUAAUUAUCUUAAGCCUAGGAAAAGAUUUUUGGUGACUGUUCUUCAUAACUUUUAACGUGUAACGAGAUGACGAAAAUGUAUGUGCACCACUAGUAUUGAUACACAGUUCACCAAAAAUCAUUCUGGCCCUAAUAUAACUUUGUAGCUUAGUGUUUCAAUUAAAAUGAAAAAAAUUGUCGGAGAAUCCGGACUCUGUUCGAUUAUAUUGUUGUAAUAUUAUUCAUUACGGAUUGUCGUCUCAUUUAAUAAACAUUGUACGUUCUCUGACUGCA